UUCAAUUAUUUUUUCCACAUGGGGCAUAGACGAAGUUCAAAACAGACCAAUAAUUAGACCGCACUCUUCUCCAACUCAUGUGUCUUCUUAACUUCUUUCUUACCUUUUGUUCGAUUUGAUCAACACAACAUACACAGUUUCAAAAGCAUAUCUUCUCUACCUCUCUGUUUCAAAAGGGUCUGUAAAUUAAAAUUUCUGCUAAUCACCUGAUCAAAUCUGUUAUCCAAUGGCAGCAACCAUGAGCUUCGCCUUAACUCGCUUAUCUGGACUCUCUUCUAAAACCACCAUAUCACCCGACUUCAAUCACUCCUCUCGCCGCCGGAACUUCUUACCUCCGAACAGAGUUGGACUCAAGAUCUCCUCUUCUUCCUCCGAGUCAGAGCCUGAUCUCAGUGUCACCGUAAACGGUCUGAAAAUGCCGAAUCCUUUCCUGAUCGGGUCGGGUCCACCCGGUACCAACUACACCGUCAUGAAGAGAGCCUUCGAUGAAGGCUGGGGAGGCGUCAUCGCCAAAACCGUUUCACUAGACGCAUCCAAAGUCAUCAACGUAACGCCUCGGUACGCCAGGCUACGAACCGGCUCAGCCAAAACAGAUGUGAUCGGGUGGCAGAACAUAGAACUUAUAAGUGACCGUCCUCUCGAAACCAUGCUCAAAGAGUUCAAGCAGUUGAAACAAGAGUACCCUGACCGGAUCCUCAUCGCUUCCAUCAUGGAGGAAUACAGCAAAACCGGAUGGGAAGAGCUCAUUGACCGCGUUGAACAAACCGGUGUUGAUGCUUUAGAGAUCAACUUCUCGUGUCCUCAUGGCAUGCCAGAGCGUAGAAUGGGUGCAGCUGUUGGACAAGACUGUGCGCUUCUUGAGGAGAUUUGCGGAUGGAUUAAUGCUAAAGCUACUGUUCCUGUUUGGGCCAAGAUGACUCCUAAUAUUACUGACAUUACUGAGCCGGCGAGGGUAUCUCUAAAAUCAGGAUGUGAAGGGAUCGCAGCCAUCAACACAAUCAUGAGUGUGAUGGGAAUUGAUCUGAAGACACUGCAUCCUGAGCCAUGUGUUGAAGGUUACUCAACUCCAGGAGGCUACUCUUAUAAGGCUGUUCGCCCCAUUGCGCUUGCGAAAGUUAUGAACAUUGCUAAGAUGAUGAGAGAUGAGUUCAGUGAGAAAGAUUGCUCGCUUUCGGGUAUUGGAGGUGUUGAAACUGGCUAUGAUGCAGCUGAGUUCAUUCUCCUCGGAUCAAACACUGUCCAGGUAUGCACUGGUGUGAUGGUGCAUGGCUAUGGUCACGUGAAAACCCUAUGCGCCGAGCUUCGAGAUUUUAUGAAACAACAUAACUUCUCAACAAUAGAAGAAUUCAGAGGACAUUCGCUUCAGUACUUUACAACACACACAGAUUUAGUCAGGAGACAGAAAGAAGCUAUUGAGCAGAGAAAAGCGGAGAGGAGAGGCUUGAAAUCUGAUAAAGAUUGGACCGGAGAUGGGUUCGUGAAGGAGACUGAGAGUAUGGUUUCUAACUAACUUCAGUAGCCAUGAUCAAGUGAUGGACCCAAAAUACUUAAAUAAAGUUCCCAACUUCUAAAAAAAAAAAAAAAAAAGAAAAAAAAAAGUUCCCAACUUCUUCAUUCACAGCCAAAUGGCAAAGGCUUUUUCCUUUCUAUCUUUCACGUCGACCUCUUUACCUCUCUCAUUUGAAAAGAAAAGAAAACUAAAGUUGAUUGUAUCUUAUGUUGUUCUAGUUGUGUUAUGUUAUCAUUUGUAUAAUGUAUCCGUUUGCCACCAUUUCUGUAAAGACCUUUUACUUUGUUGGGAUGGAUGUUAAUAAUCUAUUUAAGGAACAUCAUGGGAAA